CUGAAGGAUAUACAUACAGAAACCAGCGCAGGUUCUCAGAGGACAUUGACUGGUCAUAUGCAGGAACAUUAAACCAACACAACUGGGCCAAAAAGUUUCCAUCAUGCAGCAGUGCUAAGCAGUCUCCUAUCAACAUAGAAGAGGACUUGGCCUCUGUGAAGCUGCAGUACCAGAAGCUGACAUUUGAUGGCUGGGACAAUCUGACAAAUGACAGGACAACCAUUACAAACAACGGCAAGACAGUGACAGUGAAUGUGGACGGAGAGUUCUACGUUAGUGGAGGGGGUCUCAGGUCAAAGUUCAAGGUGGCACACAUCACCUUCCACUGGGGCCGCUGCAACGCCUCCUCAGAAGGCUCAGAACAUGGCCUGGAUGGAGUCAAAUACCCUUUGGAGAUGCAGAUCUACUGUUAUGAUGCACAACAGUUUGACUCUUUAGAUGAAACCAACAAGGCCGGCAGCAGGAUCACAGCGUUGGCUCUACUCUUUGAGAGAGGAAUAAACGGCAAUACUCAUCAGAGGGAGUUAGCGAGAAUCGGUGGUCAGAAGGCAGAGCAGAAGUCAAAGUCCAGAUAUCCAUGGGCAGAAGUUAUCAGUCUUGGGCACGGACCAGGGGAUCUGAAGCCGGCAAAGAGACCAGGGGAUCUGCAGCCGGCAAAGAGACCAGGGGAUCUGCAGCAGGCAAAGAAACCAGGGGAUCAGCAGCAGGCAAAGAGACCAGGGGAUCUGCAGCAGGCGAAGAGACCAGGGGAUCUGCAGCAGGCAAAGAGACCAGGGGAUCUGCAACAGGCGAAGAAACCAGGGGAUCUGCAGCAGGUGAGGAGACCAACAUAUCUGCAGCAGGUGAGGAGACUGAUGAAUCUGUAG